AUUGAUCCCAGAUUGACAGCCGUAGAAAGAAGAAUGGAGGGAGAAUGAAUGAUGCCUACUUGUCAACAAGCGUCAGCGCUUCAGAGUCAGGGCGCAUGCGCAGUGCUCACGCUCUGGAUGCUGCUCAAUAUAGAAAAGCAACCUGCCUGUACGCUAAGGUAACGCUUUAAAGCAAAGGAAAUGCCUCGAUUUAAUGUUUCAGAUAUCCAAGAUCGAAUGUGGAUCGCCGCAAAACAUCUGACAAAAUGUGCGGACGCCAAUGUUUCUCCGCGCUCCGAUGGUUUCAUCUUUGGUCCACAAUACCACUUGCUUAACUGACAUACGAGGACUGAGACGUAAAUAGCCGAUAGAGUCAAUAUCAAAAAAAUCCACAAAUAUGAACAUUAGGUUUCUUAACAAGCGAAGGCUGGACUGUACGUGUGCGGUGCUGCUAUGGCUGCAUACGGCGAUGUGGAUGUGGUGUUCGGCAGCCGAAGAGCAUCAUUUCAGCGUUGAGGCAUGGUUACAGAAGUAUGGCUACCUUCAUCAUACACAACCUAACAUGGCUGUUCUGAGAUCAGCUCAAACCAUGAAGUCUGCUAUUGCUGCUAUGCAGCGCAAGUAUGGACUCAACAUCACAGGGACUUUAGACAAGGACACUAUUGAUUGGAUGAAGAAACCCAGAUGUGGGGUACCAGACAAGUAUGAAAAUGUGUCUGGAUUGCGAAGGAGGAAGCGUUAUGCACUAACUGGACAGAAGUGGCAACGCACAUAUAUCACAUACAGCAUUAAGAAUGUCACUCCCAAAGUGGGUGCGCGAGAAACCCACGAGGCCAUUCGUCGGGCAUUUGACGUAUGGCAAGGCGUCACGCCAUUACGUUUUGAAGCAGUGCCGUACAGCGCUCUGGAAAGCGGCAAACGUGAUGUGGACAUUACCAUUAUAUUUGCCUCUGGCUUUCAUGGUGACAGCUCUCCCUUUGACGGAGAGGGAGGCUUCCUGGCACACGCUUAUUUCCCAGGACCGGGCAUAGGGGGCGACACGCACUUCGAUUCGGACGAACCCUGGACGCUGGGCAACCCAAACCAUGAUGGUGAGAGAACAGCAGGCAAUGACCUGUUUCUAGUGGCGGUACAUGAACUUGGUCAUGCCUUAGGACUGGAACAUUCGAAUGAUCCUACAGCUAUUAUGGCUCCGUUCUACCAGUACAUGGACACGGACAGCUUCAAACUGCCUCAUGAUGAUCUACAGGGAAUACAGAAAAUAUAUGGUCCUCCAGAUAAAAACCCACAACCAACAAGAUUACUCACAACCGCCACGCCUCCCCGCCUGCACCCUCAGUCUGACCCUCGAAAACAUGACCGCCAGGGUCGCCCUCAUCGCCCCCCACAGAAGUCAAAACCUGCCCAUCCCAACUCCAAUCCCAACAUCUGCGAUGGAGGCUUCAACACUCUGGCACUCCUACGGCAGGAGCUGUUUGUCUUCAAAGAUCAGUGGUUCUGGAGGGUAAGAGAUAAUUCUGUGGUGCCUGGAUACCCAAUGCAAAUUAGUUACUUCUGGAGAGGUCUGCCUCCUAAGAUCGAUGCGGUCUACGAAAACAGUGAAGGGAAGUUUGUCUUCUUCAAAGGGAACCGGUUUUGGGUGUUUAAAGACACCACUCUUCAGCCCACAUAUCCUCAGGACAUUUCUCUUUUUGGCAGUGGAAUGCCCACACAGAGCAUUGAGACGGCAGUUUGGUGGGAAGAUGUGGCCAAAACCUACUUCUUUAAAGGGGAUAGGUACUGGAGGUACAGUGAGGAUAUGAGGACCAUGGACCCCGGCUAUCCAAAACCCAUCACUGUGUGGAAGGGCAUCCCAGAUUCUCCACAGGGAGCAUUUGUGGAUAAAGCUAAUGGCUUCACCUACUUCUACAAAGGAAAGGAAUAUUGGAAGUUCAACAAUCAGCGGCUGAGAGUGGAACCGGGUUACCCCCGCUCCAUCCUUCGGGAUUUCAUGGGCUGCGAUGGGCUACCGGCCGACCCAGACUGGGACUGGAUUCCCCCGCAGGAAGAGGAUCCGCAGCAGUACGACCACGAUGAUGUGGAUAUUGUGCUGAAGCUGGAGAGCAGCGGCGGGACGGAGAAAGCGGUGGCCAUCGCCAUCCCCUGCGUCCUGGCCCUGUGCAUGAUGGUCCUGUUGUUCACCGUCUUUCGCUUCAAGAGGAAGGACACGCAGCGUCACAUACUGUACUGCAAGCGCUCAAUGCAGGAAUGGGUCUGAGACAUGGACGUUCUGCUCACAAAACUGUUUCUUGAAAAACCUGUCAAAGGUGUGGGGUUUGAGUAAUCGACAAACUUAGGUGUUGAGUGUUUGCGCUGACACGGACAACAUGAACAAACAACGUUCCUACAGGUGGCAAUGUGUCAUUUUUGUAUGGUUUUGGACCUUCGGCUUUGGGCGUCCAUUUUGGUUGUCGAAAUCCUCUGCAGGACUAAACUGUUACUCUACAAACCAUACUGUACUUUUCAACUGACUAGAGAAUUAUAUCAUGUGAGGUGUCACUCUGAAAAAACUUGCUUGUGUUGAAAAACUGAUACCCAAACCAAAUAUGCCCUUAGUGUCCAAAGAGGAUCGCUUCACUCACGUGGAUAUUAUGAGACGACUGGCUUCUUGAUCACCAUUUGAGUUUCAUUCAGCUACAUUCACCUUAAUGUAAAAUACAUGAUCUGUCUCGGAAAUCAGAAUGACCGUGUCAAAGUAUAUAUAUAACAUUGGGGCUACCUGCAAUAUUUUGUUGAAUGCCUUAAUCACAUGCAGAGUUUAUUUUUGUGUGUAUUAGUGUACGUAUGUGUGAAUGUGUCUCUUUCCUUGAUCUUUGGUGGUGUUUUUUGCUCAUCAUUGCUCUUUUGAUUUAUGGCUGACUGAAAAUUGCAGUAAGUUUGCAGUAAGUGCCACUGACUGUUCAAAAGUUUGAGUGAAACUCAGAUUCAAAGUAAACACGGCUGCUCUUCACAUUCGCACUGCUCCACAAUCCAAAACUGCAGCAUUGAAAUCAGACUUUUGGUCCUUCCGAUAAAAAUAUAAUGCAUUGGUUAAACAGAAAAAUGAUCUUUAGCAAAACAUACCUUAUUAAUCUGCUCUCAAGAAUUAAUGGAAUAUCUAAGAAUUAUGUAAAAGAAAACUGAUAUUAGCUUAGUUGUGAUGCAAUAUUUAGACUAGAUUUGAAUUAAAGGGCCGGUGCUUGCAAUGCAGAAAUAGAAUAGUUGGUAAAGUCGUAGGUGAGCUUAUAGGUUCUGUGUGAAUGAAAUGCAACAUCAGAACUGCUUUGCUGUCAUCAUGAAGCGCAGCAUCUUGUUUUUCUAUCUGCGGUGCAUGAGAAAAAACACAGAGUGAUGCUGUCAUGCAGAGUGAAUAUAAAUGGUUUAAUAGAAAUACGCCAUAAUGAUGUCAUCUGACUGACAAUAACGGUCGUGAUGUUUCAGGCUUUAAAUUAAAAAGUUAAAUUAAAUAUGGUGUAUAAAGCAAGUUAGAACUGGCCAAUUGCAAUUUAGAACUCAUAACUGUCAGUUACAAGUUGACUGUGUGAACAAAGUGAUUUUUUAAGAAACAAAUCAAAUGUUUUAAGAGUUUUUGAAACAUUGCCACCUUGCAAGCACUGACCCAGCGUUUACCUGAUAAAGGCCAUACAUGAGUCCUUUAUACAUGCUGUUAUAAGUGUUAUAAGCUCUGUUGGCAUGGGUUUGGGUAUAAUAGCAUUUGUUGCACAGCUGCAAUCCGAACAAUAUUCUGCUUAUUUCUGUUUAAACAUGCUGCGAGCAUGAUCAUUCUCAACAGAGUGUAUCUAUCGCUGAAUGCUGUUCGAUUUUUCUUUUGACUGUCUCUUGGUCGUGCAGUAUUGAGUUAUCGUCUUAUGCCUUGUUUUAUUCUCAUGUUUUUAUGAACUGAUUUAAUUUCUAAAUGUGUUUAAUGGACUACCAUACCAUCAGCAUCGACUCUCUUCCAGUCAUGAGACGUGCUCAUGGAUCUGUAACCUGUUGUUUACAUCAUUUACAGAAGGACCUCCUCGAGUUUCAAGGUCUCUUAUGCUGUAUAUAUCUCAUAUAGUGUCUUUAUUAUGGACACGAAAGGCAAAUUAUGCAGUACACCAAUAAUAAGAUAUUACCUAUUAUCACAUGUGGCGCGUGAAUCAUUCUUGUGAACUGACAUUUUAAUUAAAUGUACCAGGCAACCAUGAAUCAUUAACAUGUAGUUUAAAGCUGAAAUCCAUGAAAUCAGGUUGUUUGGACGAUACGAUUAAACAAUUAAAAAUGAUU